AGAUCUUGAAACAUACUCUAAACAAUACAAAACAAAAGAAACAAAAGAUACCCUGCUCAAAAGAUUUGGCCAACUUCUUUCUUGCUGUUGUGAUUGUGAAAAUUAUGUCUAUGGGGAAGAAACAUCUUAACAUCAAUUCUCAGAAUCACCAAUCCACAAAGGACGAAGACAACAAUUGCAAGAACAGUCUCUUCUUUGGAUUGUUUGACGACCCUGAAUCUAAAAGGUUGAGAAGUGGGAGUAUGAAGAGACAGUACAGCGACAUGGGAGAUAGCUACCACAGAGUUUAUGACGAACAAAAUGAUGAUGUUGAAUAUGAUGGUGAUGGUGAUGGUGAUGAGGAUGAGGGAUCAAGGAUGGACAUGAGAGUACUGAUGGUAUUAGAGUAUAUGAGAGAGCUUUACGUGGGACAACUUCAGCUGCUUAAAAAGAUGUUUCCAGGUGCAGCUAAAGACGAGUUUCUUGGUUUCUUCAACAAAAUCGGAGACGCUGUGUCCCAAAUUAAACAAGAUUCUCGUCCUCCUACAAAGUCAAUGACUAUGCGGAGGAGUCUCAGUGCUGGUUCGCCACGUUUCACUUCGAAAGGGGUUAAUUUGGGUCCAUCAGAUCUAAGACAUGAAAGGUUUAAAGUUACAAUGGUUAAUGCUGGUGGAGCUGCUGGUUCUGCGGGAGGAGGUAAAGGUGGCUCGGCAGCUGGUCAGGGUCAGACCAAGAAGUAGUCAAGAUUUGUGACAUGUGGUGUGGCCAUGGAUGAUCAAAUCUUAUGACUCCUCAGGGUUUAGCAUUGCACAAGCCGUUACUAUUUGCUACACGGAAUGAAAUGUGUAAAGUGUGGUUAAGACUUUUGAGUCAACUUGGGGAUUCCAAGUUUUAAAGAUGGAUUUCAAUUUCUUUAUUCAAUCAUUUCCUAGUGGGGUUUGUUUUAUGUUUUAGUAUCUAUAGAGAUGAAGUAUCAGACUCAUCCAAAGGUAGAAGAAACUAGGAUCAACUAGCUUUGUUUAUUUAUUCUCUUUGGUGUUUGAUUCUCUGAUUCUGUUAUGUUCUUUCAAUUAAUAAAAGAAGCUUUGUGUUAUUAA